AUGGCACCAAGUUCUAAAAGAAAGAGAGACGAAGAAUUUCCUCUCUCCAGACAAGAUGCCACAACCCAGCCUGCUCAGUCUCUUUUGAAAAAUUCUGAUGAGGUUUCAUUCCCAAGAGGUGGCUCUUCUGUUUUAACGCCAUUAGAAUUGAAACAAGUUGCUAAUGAAGCUGCUAGUGACGUUCUGUUUGCCCAAAAGGAAAAAUCUACAAAAUCACAAUCUUUUGAAAAUGAUAGACCAAAAAAGAAGAAAAAGAUUACAAAAAAGAAUAAAAAUAGUGAAGCAUCUUCUACUGAGCUUGAUGAAUCUGUCAAUGUUGUAGAACACAUUAAUUUCAAAAAUUUGAAAGUUGGAUCUAUCCUAUUGGGUCAAAUCACCUCUACAACCAAAAAAGACUUGUGCGUUACAUUCACAGAUGGUAUUUCUGGUUACGUUCCAAUAACUCAUAUUUCUGAUCAUAUUACCCAUAUCCUAGAAGACAUUGAUGACGAUAUGAGCGAUGAAGAAGAAAAGGAUGAAUGCGAAAAGGAAGAAAAUACCCAUGAUUUUGAUGAACUACCCAAUUUAAAUAAAUAUUUUAAAAUCGGACAAUGGUUAAGAUGUUCUGUUAUAAAGAAUACUGCAUUGGAUGCAGUUAGUAAGAAACAUCAUAAAAAGAGAAUUGAAUUAUCAAUCGAACCGUCUGUUGUAAAUCCUUUUUCUGCUGAAGAUCUAGAGAAACAUUCCACAGUCCAAUGUUCGGUUAAAAGUUUGGAAGAUCAUGGGGCCACUUUAGACUUAGGUUUAGAGAAUGUAACUGGUUUUAUAUCUAAAAAGGAUGUUCCAGACUUCGAAACCUUAUUACCAGGUUCUGUAUUCCUAGCUAAUAUCUAUAAGAAAUCUGGUAGAUCAAUUAUCGUAAACACAAAUUUUUCUGCUAAAAAUAGUAAAGUGUCACAUAUUUCUUCUAUCGAUGCUGUUGUACCAGGCCAGAUGGUAGACUUUUUGUGUGAUGAUAUCUCUUCUAAUGGUAUCUCAGGUAAAAUCUUUGGUUUGGUAUCCAGCUUUAUCGGAAUUAGUCAUUUGAGAACUUUCACUGAGGAAGAAUUAAAAGAAACAUAUUCAGCCGGUUCUAACAUUAAGUGUAGAAUCAUUGCCUCUCUACUCAACAAAAAUGACGAAAGAGUUCUAAUUGUGUCUACCCUUGACCAAAUUGUUUCUUUGGAUAACAACAUAGCACAAACUGAAGCUAUUGAAGCAUUUCCAAUAGGUUACACUUUUGAUUCGGCAUCUUUCUUAGGCAGUGAUUCAGAUUUUGUAUAUCUUGCCUUAAAUGAAGAUUUAUUUGGUGCAGUUCAUCGUUCUAAACUUGGAGACAUUCAUAUAUCAGGUGAUAUUCAAGCCAGAGUAAUUGGUUAUAAUACUAUUGAUAAAAUUUACCAACUAUCAACGGAUCCAAAUGCUUUAAAACUAAAAUAUAUUAGAGCUGCUGAUAUUCCAAAUGGUGAAUUGGUAACUGGCUGUGAAAUUAUUAACGUAUCGAGUGAUGGUAUCGAAUUAAAGAUUUUUAACGGUCAAUUCUCUGCAUUCGUCCCCCCACUGCAUAUUUCUGAUGUCAAAUUAUCGUACCCAGAACGUAAAUUUAAAAUUGGUUCUAAAAUAAAGGGUAGGAUUUUAGAGGUUACUAAAAGAGGCCAUAUCAUUAUGACAUUAAAAAAAUCUUUAGUUAAUGAUGAAAAUAAAAUUGUUGAUGAUUACGUUUCUGCUAAACAGCUGCAAAAUAAAAAUGAAAAAACAGUUGCUACAGUUGAAUCCUUUAAACCAAAUGGCUGUUUGAUAUCUUUCUUUGGUGGUUUAAGAGGAUUCUUACCUAAUUCUGAAAUUUCGGAAGCAUUUGUUCGUAAACCAGAGCAACAUCUAAGACUAGGUCAAACCGUUAUCAUUAAAAUCUUGGAUGUGGAUGAAAAGAGAUUUCGAGUUAUUGCAUCAUGUAAAGCAUCUAAUGAAGAUAGCCAAGCUCAAAAAUUAGCCAUUGAGAAAUUAGUUCUUGGUAGAUCUAUAAUCGAAGUGAAUGUUGUUGAAAAAACCAAGGAUUCUGUAGUAGUUGAAGAUGCUGAUAGUAAUUUACGUGGUGUUAUUUAUGUUGGCCACCUUUCAGAUUCAAGAAUCGAGCAAAAUCGAGCUACAAUUAAGAAAAUUAAAAUUGGUUCAAAAUUAACCGGUGUCGUAAUUGACAAAGAUGACAGAACUCGUGUUUUCAAUCUUUCGAUGAAGAAAUCUCUUAUUGACGACGCUAAAAACAAAACUUUGCCAAUAUCCUUCUCUGAUAUAAUAAGCUUGGAUAAAACAACUCCUUUGCACGGUUACAUUAAAUCUAUAUCCAAUACAGGUAUUUUUGUUGCUUUCAACGGUAAAUUUGUUGGGCUAGUAUUACCAAGUUAUGCUGUGGAAAGUAGAGAUGUUGAUAUUAACAAGUCUUUUUAUGUCAACCAAUCAGUUACUUCUUAUCUAUUAAGAACCGAUGAAGAAAAUGAAAGAUUUUUAUUAACAUUGAAAAAUUCAAAAGCUGAUCAAACUUCAGGUGCUGCCAACGCUUCAGCUAUCUCUCAGUCAACUGAAAAUCUUGAUACUAUUAAAGUAGGUGAUAAAAUCCCUGCUCGUAUUGUGAAGGUGUCCGGUAAGCACGUUAUCUUAGAUUUAGGUAACAAAAUUACCGGUGUUUCUUUUAUUACAGAUGCUUUAAAUGAUUAUUCAGUUUCUUUAUCUGAUGAAUAUCAAAAUAAGCUAAAUAAGACUAUUGAUGCUACUGUCAUCUCUAUUAAUACCAAGGCCAAGAAAGUCAAUUUAUCCUUGCGUACUAAUGAGGCUAAGCAACAUUUGAUUGAGUCACAUAAUGAUAUUAAGCAAGGCGAUGUUGUUCAUGGUUUAAUUAAAAAUAUUAACGACAGUGGUGUCUUUAUCUACUUAAGUACUAACAUAGAUGCCUUUGUUCCAGUUAGUAAGCUAUCGGAUUCCUAUUUGAAAGAUUGGAAAAAAUUCUAUAAUCCUUUACAGCAUGUAAUUGGUAAAGUGGUCAGUUGUGAAAGCGACGACCGUAUUUUAGUAACCCUACGAGAAUCCGAGGUUAAUGGUGAUCUUAAGAUUUUAAAGGAUUAUUCCAGUAUUGAAGUUGGUGAAAUAUUUAAUGGUAAUGUUAAGAAUGUUACUGAUUUUGGUGUUUUUGUCAAAUUAGAUAAUACUGUGAAUGUUACAGGUUUAGCCCAUAAAUCCGAAAUCGCAGAUGACAAGAUACCAGAUGAUUUAUCUGCUCUAUUUGGUGCUGGUGAUAGGGUUAAAGCAAUUGUUUUAAGAGUUAAUGCAGAAAAGAAACAAGUUUCUUUAGGUUUGAAAGCUUCUUACUUUUCUAAUGACAACUAUAAUGAAGAAUCUAACGAAAAACCUAUGGAAGAGAAUACUGAAGAAAAGACAGAAACCAUACAAAACGCUGAUGCGGAUGAAGUUAUUGAAUUUGAUAAUGAGUCUGAUGAAGAUGUUGAAAUGGAGGAAGCUGAAAAUUCAAAGAUUCCAAUAUCCACCAAUGGUUUAAGUUUAAGUACUGGUUUUGACUGGACUGCUAGUAUUUUAGAUCAAACCAAUGAUACUGAAGAAUCUGAAGAUGAUGGAGAUUUUACCGAAAUCAAGAAGAAGUCCAAAUCGAAGAAAAAUCAUAUUGUUGAAGAUAAAACCAUUGAUAUUAAUACUAGAACCCCUGAGUCUGUUGCAGAUUUCGAACGUCUAAUUAUAGGGAAUCCAAACUCUUCGGUUGUGUGGAUGAAUUAUAUGGCUUUCCAACUGCAAUUAAGUGAAAUUGAAAAGGCUCGUGAAAUUGCGGAACGUGCUUUAAAGAUUAUAAACUUCAGAGAAGAAGCUGAAAAGUUAAAUAUUUGGAUUGCCAUGUUAAAUUUAGAAAAUACAUUUGGUACUGAGGAAACUUUGGAAGAUGUAUUUAAAAGAGCUUGCCAGUAUAUGGAUUCUUACACGAUCCAUAAUAAAUUAAUAAGUAUUUACCAAAUGAGUGAAAAAUUAGACAGAGCUGCCGAGUUAUUUAAAACUACAGCUAAGAAAUUUGGUUCCGAAAAACUUUCCAUUUGGACUUCAUGGGGUGAUUUCUUGUUAGCUCAAAAUAAUGCUCAAGAAGCUCGUGCUAUUCUAGCAAAUGCUUUAAAAUCUUUACCUAAACGUAAUCAUAUUGAUAUUGUCAAAAAAUUUGCUCAAUUAGAGUUUGCCAAAGGUGAUGCUGAAAGAGGUAGAUCGCUAUUUGAAGGGUUAAUUGCAGAUGCUCCAAAAAGAAUUGACAUUUGGAAUGUAUAUCUUGAUCAAGAAAUCAAGAUAAACGAAAAGAAGAAGGUUGAAGAUUUGUUUGAACGUGUCUUCACUAGAAAGAUUACAAGAAAACAAGCAAAAUUCUUCUUUAACAAGUGGCUAGUGUUCGAAGAAGGUCAAAAGGAUGAUAAAAUGACCAGUUACGUAAAAGCUAAGGCUACUGAAUUUGUAGCAAAUCUUGGUAAGUCGCAAUCCGUUUAA